UCGUGUUGUGAAUUCUGAGAAAAAAAUGUGGAAAGUGGAAAACAAAAACAUACACAUGCUGUAAAUUGAAAAACUUUUGUAAUUUAAGUAGGAAUACUUAAAACUAGAUUUGUCAAUCUCAUAUAUAAAAAGAAUGGACUUUGCCCGCAAGCAGCUUGAAAAAUAUGGAUGGUCCGAAGGUAAGGGCUUGGGACGGACCGAAAGUGGUAUAGCAACAGCACUGAAACCAAAACUCAAAUUUGAUAAUGCCGGAAUUGGGCAUGACGUUGGUGAACAAUUCACCAACAAUUGGUGGGAGAGGGUUUUUAACUCUGCUGCUGAUAACAUUGAUGUACAGCAAAGCAGCUCCGAUGUGAAAAUGACCGUGAAGGAUAAAGAUGCGGUGGAGAUAUCAACCAAAACCUAUUCAGUAAAAAACCUUAAAAGGAAUACCUCACUUGAAUAUGGUUCCUUUAUAAAAACUGCUAAACUCACUCAAGGUGGUACGGAAAACUACAGUGUGCCUGUCGUAGAGUCUGAAGCGUUGAAGAGCUAUCAAGGACUGACUGAUGACGAUCUUUUUGCUGCUUGUGGAGGCAGAACUGCUCACAAAGGUGCUCGUCACGGCCUAAAAUUAAGCGGAAAACUAUCAAGAAUUGAAAAACAAGAAAAGCUACUUUUGAAAAAAAUGAAAAAGGUCUCGCUUUCCGACAACAAUUGUAGUAAGGUAGAAAAAAAACUGAGAAAAAUCAAAAGCGAAAAAGACAAAUACGAUGAAAAAUAUACUCCUUUCGACGACCCGGACAUGCCCAGUACGUCAAACAUAAAAAAGAAAAAGAGGAAAAGUGUGUCUUUUAACGAGACAGUAACGAAAAUUUACACUAACGAUCCCGAUACGAGUUUCGAUAGUGAAGUGGGCUCGGUAAGGGAUGAAAACUCUUCGAACGACGCAAAUAAUAACAGCGACGAGGGAAUCGAACAGGAUUCAGAAAACAACAACAAUGAACUCGACGUGGAUAAUCACAGGGCCUUUGAGGAAGCCCGAUUGAACUUUAGCGACUUGUCGAAAGCGGAGCGGAAAAAGCUGAAGAAAAAGCGCAAACUAGAGGCCAAAAAUCAUGCUGCAACUACCGUUUUCCUGAUGAAUAUCAGUCAAGAAGAGGACGUGCAGGAGGACAAAGAGGGCUCUUCAAAGAAGAGGAAAUAUCUUGAAGGUGAAGAAGAAAUUGAGCCGAAACGUAGCCAAACGGAAAGUCCUAGCAGACUCAAGAGGAAGAAGAACAAAAAGAAGAAGCAUAAGCAAAAAAAAGAGGAAGCUAAAGCUAUAAAUUCGAUCACGAAAUCUUUGGAAGGGUUUUGUCGCAUUUCUGAAAGUGAAUAAGUUAGCUUCUAGGAUUUGCUUAUAUUUAUUUCUAAGUUUGUUUUUAGUUUUUUUUUUAUAUGGUUAUUUAAAGGUUAUCGACAAAACGAUUUAGGUAUGUCAGAACGAUUAUUGCUUUUGUUUAUAUACUUAUCAGGUUUUUUAUUACGUUGAAUAUUGUACUUAAAUCGUGGGUGCCGCUAUUUAUCCGGCAGGGUGUUUGCUGUUUGAAUAACUGUGAUUGCGAAGAGGAAAGUUGACACUAUGCCUUAACAUUUAAGUUAUUAAUGUUUUAAAAUAUUUCAUAUUUGUAUUAUAGAAAUACAAAAACAGCCCCUACUUUAAACUUUGUUCAGGUUAAUUAAAUAUAGGUUUUUUUCCACAUAA